UUUCACCCAUUGGCUGAAAAAUACCACGUGACUCAACCCUCAGUCAGCCAAAGGUCGCGCGACUGUGCGAAGCUUUUACAACUUCUGCAUUCAGUUUUGCAAGUAUUAUAUAUUUUCCUUCUGGUUUAAAAGCUAAAAAAAUGAACAUUCCUGUGGUGGAUUUCAGCACUUACAACCUCAAUGAGACAAAUAUUAGUGACGAACAGCUGAACUAUUUAGGUAAAGAGCUGAAAAAUGCCUUCACCGAAAUUGGUUUUGUUUUCCUGAAAAACACGGGGAUCACUCAGGAGGAGGUAAACCGUGUUAUGGACAUAUCCAAGAAAUUCUUUCUGCAGCCUGAUGAACUGAAGCAGCCCUUCAGCAGGAAAAGCUUUGCAAACCAUCCCAACCAUGGCUGGGUGUCAUUGGAGACUGAGAGGUUGAAUCCAGUUCGUCCUGGAGACCUUAAGGAGUCAUUCAACACUUCCUCAUUUCACCCUGACAUAAAAUGGCCAUCAUCGGGCGCUGUAAUGGGCUUCCAGGAGAUCCAGACAACUUUCUUCCAGCGCUGUAAAGAGCUGAGUCUUCGGGUGCUGAGGGUGAUGGCCCACAGCCUGGGUCUGGACCCAGAUGUGUUCCUGAGUGCUCACUGUUUUAUAGGAACUGAUUGCAAUGGGACAACACUGCGGUCCCUUUACUACCCACCUGUGAACCAUGAGAAAGCAAAGGACGGUCAGCUGCGGUGUGGAGAGCAUUCAGACUAUGGCAGCAUCACUUUACUGUUUCAGGGCUCUGAUGGCCUGCAGGUCUGUAAUCGUUCUGGUGAAUUUAUCUCUGCUCCCACUGUCCCUGGAGCCGUCCUCAUCAAUAUUGCUGACCUGAUGCAACGCUGGACUAGUGAUCAGUUUAUUUCAGUGCGUCACAGGGUUUUACUGCCCCCUGUUGGAGACUCCUGCACGCGCCAGUCCCUGGCAUAUUUUGUCCAACCAGAUGAUGAGGCUCUGAUCACCUGCUGUGACGGCUCAGACAAAUACCCACCAGUUACAUCAGGCGCCUACCUCAUGGAGCGCUUCAGAGUGUCAUAUGGGGCUAGCUGAAGUCAUUCUCAUCAUUUUUUUCAAAUGUUUUGUCCACAAAUUAUAAAUUAGUUUGAGAAAUGAGAAAAGUUUGGAGGCACCCAAAAUGAUCUAAUUAUUUACAAAUCAUACAACCUUGUAUCACACAGUGGUUUUACUUGUUUAAUAGUGAUUUGAAUAUGAUUUUUUUUAUUAAAUCAGUGGGCUGAAUUUGUGCAAUGCAACUAUACAAAUGGUAUGUUUGCCAGCUCAUUCAUUUUAUUGUUAACAUUCAAACCAUGAACAACAUUGUCAUGAACUUGAUAAACAAGAUGAUGAACAGA